UUUUUUUUCGACGAGUGCAGAAAGCAACCAUCCAAAGGUCGAGAGAUCAAUUACGCUCUCGACAGCGCAUCGAGGCCGAUAUCCUUCUGCGUGCGCCAGACAAGGCACCUUCACGCCAACAAGACAUGUCUGUCUAAAGUAUAUCUUGCGCUCCGCACUCGGCCCCUACGAAGCGAUCACCUACUCUACAUUCAUCACCUUUUACGAUGCCGUGCCUCCGUGGAAUUGAGAUUUCUCUCUCGACCGAACCAUCCGAUGAGCGUAUCCCCGAGUUCCCGCAUCCCGAGGGCUCAUCUGCCCGCUUGAUCAGUUCUCAUGGCGGUUCAACAAAGCAGGAAUCCAUAUCGACACGCAAAGCUGGCCCCACGAUCGCGACGUAUAUACCAUCCGUGCCAGGCCACUGUUUCGGGAUCAAGUACAACAUCAACGUUGUCCCCCCCUUGCCUUGCAAACAUGUCGUUUUCAAACUGUUCUUGAACGGCCGAACGAUCACCACAUGGGGCAUCGACCCAACCGAGCGACAGCAUGGCACCAUUGUCAAGUCACUGUGGGCACCUGGCCCAAGCUACAAUGGACAAGCAGGCCUCGAGUGUCGCAAUUUCGUCUUUCUUCCAGGUCAAGAAACCAGAUCCCCUGCUGAAGACGGUGGCCUGAUCGAAGUCAAGGUUUUUCGAGCACAAGACAGAAAAGCUCGGGCACCGAAAGUGGAGGACUUUCACCCCCAGAAGAACUAUGGCAUCGCUUCCCCCAGUAUCGGCCUUAUGGACCAACCUCAGCAUGCCUGCUUCUAUUUUUGGCAUCUCCUCGAUGCUAAGGACUCGCCCUUUGCAACAUUCAGGUUCCACUACCGCUCGUGGGAUAGCCUUGAGCAGCUGAACCUGAUACCCCCGAGGGAGUUUGAGUUUGUACGAUCCAUCUCUACCAACGCACUAAGCCGCAGCACGACGAUGGAGUUUACCGAAGGCAUGCUGCGCCAAGUGGACGAUAGUCAAGCGACACUGGUCACGAACGAUGACCAUGGUGACGAGGAGUCAAUCUUUGAAGGAAGCAGGACCCACGGUGACAGAAGAGACCAGCCAAACUACUCCCUCGGAAGCCCUCCGAUAGUGUUCCCUCUAUCCUCGCUCUCAGAAAACAUCCCUCAGCCAAGCAAAGCACUCCGAGAUGCUUAUCGCGACUCGUAUCUCCAGCGACCCUUACCAGAACUCCCACACGAAGAGCCGAGCGUCGUAUCACGGCCUUCUUCCACAUCAUCUGCCGUGUCUGGUUGCCCAUCUCUGACCCCUUCACUCAAGAAACUCGUCGACGAUGGAGCCUUUGACGAUGAUGAUGCUUUUGAGAUUGGCGUAGCGCGGACCGUUCCACACUGUAAACCAAACUCCUCCGGCACCCCGGACAAAAAGAACCCAAGGUCGGAGACACUCGAGGACUUUUCCAUGUCAGACUACGCCGCAUCGCCAGCGUCAACCAGUGAAUAUUAUCCAAACAAGGCCUUAUCACCUGGCCGGUACCUACCAACAACCGGCAGCAGUUACGAUCUCGGCCUUGAAUGUUUCACCCUCACCCCGCAAAAGGAAGAUGUUGCUCCAGCUUCUCAGACAGAGUCGGGUCGAAAAGUGUCAACGCAAGCUCUGCCUCCCUGCUACAGGUCUGAGCAAGACCUGUCCCGGGUUACGAGACUCAGAUUGUCGGAAGCGGAGUGGAUGAGCCGAACACCUUCGCCUGCUGAAAGGGAACAGGCGAAUAUCGCAAGACGUUUAUGGAGCCCUCCUCCUAGCACCUCGGCACGCACUGGCCGGUUUUUGGGUUUCCGGAAGAAGUCUUCGGAGAGCUCGGAGAGUCUCGAGAAGGAGGAAGUCCGCUCAGGAAUCGUGGGCAACUGGAUUUGAGUCUGUCAUGUCUAUGAUUCCUAGCUUGAUUCCGAAGCUAUCUGGGCUUUAUCAUUCAUCAUUCCAAGGGAAGUUAAGGUUGGGAAAGGAGUUAUAGGGUGCGCAUUACCUCUAUCUAUACCCCAGAGUUGUUCUCUUUCCAUCGGUACUUUCAAAGAGGCUCGCAUUUCAGCCGUAUAGUGUAGGAGUUAAUCGGGAUACAGGGGAAUUAUACU